UGACGUUUGACAGUUUGACAGCGCGAAAAGAAAAUACAGAUUAUAAGAACAAAUUUAUUAAAAUAUUUGGUCGUGCUUGUUAUCGCAUAAACAUUACCACUUUCAUUUUGAUCUUAAAUGUUUUAAAAUAAGUGAAUGAAAAGUAAUAAUAACAUCAGAUAGAACCUUAAUUUUAGACAGUAAAUCUGUGGUGUCAGCAUGGCACCCAAAAUAAGAACAGCGGUUGAAGAUACAGAUUCGGGGUCCGAUUCAGACAGUGGUUCUAGUGGGAGUCGGAGCAAAAGUCCCAGUCCUGGUAAAGAAGGCAGCAGGUCUCGAUCAGUAUCUCGUAGUCCAGCACGCUCUGGUAGUGAAUCUCCUAAAUCAAACAACUCAGCAAGGUCCAGAAAAUCUUCAAAUGCAUCCAAUGUGUCUCGCAGUAAAUCUAAUUCACCUACAGGUUCUAAUAGAUCUCGAUCAGGCUCGGCUCGAAGCAAUAAAUCUGGUUCAUCAAGCCCUAAAUCCCAAGCAUCAGGUAGCCCUAAAAAUAGAGCAUCCAAAUCUCGUUCAAGGAGUGGUUCACGUAAAUCCAGAUCAGCUUCAGGUAGUGGAAGAUCUAGAUCCGGCAGUGCUAAUUCCCGUUCUCCAAGUCCAAAAUCUGGGGCACAGAGCCCAAAAUCACGUUCACAGAGUCCCAAGUCAAGAUCGCAAAGUCCAAAAUCGAGAUCACAGAGUCCUAAAUCAAGGUCAUCAAAAUCUAGAUCCAAUAGUCCAAAGUCCCCUGCAUGUAAGAGUCGGUCAAGGUCUGUUAGUGGCAGUCCUAAGAGUCGGAAGUCAAGAUCAAGAUCUGGUAGUGCUUCAUCAAGAUCCAAAAGUCCGGUACAAAGGCAAGAUGUUGCAGACAGCAGAUCAAACUCUCCAAAUCUUAUGAUUGACGAUGAUCAAGGAAAAGAAAAAUCUAGAAGUCGAUCAAGGUCAAGAUCAAAAAGCAAGUCAAAAUCAAAAAGUCGCUCUAGAUCACGCUCAAAAAGUUCUAAUGCAUCCGAAGCAGAAGAUGGCGGUAAAAAGAAAAGUGGACCAAUAUCAGACUCGGAAAGUGAUGGUGAUAAAGGUGUUUCUAAGCGUAAGAAGGGGUCUGAUAGUGGUUCAGACACAAGUGCCAAACCUAAAAAGAAGACAAAGAAGAUUGUCGAUUCAGAUGAAGAAAAACCAGGAGAAACGGUGACUGCGGACGCGUUAUUCGGUGAUGCGUCAGAUAUUAGUACAGAGGACGAAGGAGAUAAGAGAUCAGAUAGAUCCAAGUCCCGGUCUAGAUCGAGGAGUCGCAGUGCCGCGAGGUCUGAUGAUGAACGACGAUCUCCGGAUGAGGCUAGAGGCAGUGGUGAUGAGGAGAACCGUGAGAAACCUGAAGAGGAGGAGGAAGUGGAGAUCCCAGAGACGAGGAUAGAUGUGGACAUGCCCAAGAUCUGGACGGAGCUGGGCAAGGAGCUACACUUUGUGAAACUGCCUAAUUUCUUGUCAGUGGAAACUCGCCCUUACGACCCCAAUACUUAUGAAGAUGAAAUUGAUGAGGAGGAAACAUUGGAUGAAGAAGGUCGAGCAAGGUUAAAAUUAAAAGUAGAGAACACGAUCCGAUGGCGCACUGUGUUUGAUAAGGAAGGCAAUGCAGUAAAGGAGUCGAAUGCCCGCAUGGUCAAGUGGUCAGACGGCAGCAUGUCACUACAUCUUGGCUCUGAGAUAUUCGACGUUUAUAAACAACCAUUACAUGGUGACCACAACCAUCUGUUCGUACGACAAGGAACAGGUCUGCAGGGUCAGGCGGUGUUCCGCACCAAGCUCUCCUUCAGGCCACACUCCACGGAGUCCUUCACUCACAGGAAGAUGACACUGUCUCUGGCGGACCGCUCCACCAAGACCUCCGCUAUCAAGAUACUGUCACAAGUCGGGGCUGAUCCUGAUGCUGAUAGGAAAUAUCAGUUGAAGAAAGAGGAGAUGGAGUUACGUGCUGCGAUGCGAUCUCGUGCGGCGACGAGACGCGCACGUCGCGGGGGCGGGGCGGCGACGGGUGGAGGGCGGGGCGCACGUGACGACUCCGAGGAUGAGGGCGGAGUCUCGCUCGCCGCCAUCAAGAACAAAUACAAAGCCGGACAGAAAGCGACAGCAGGCGCGGCGAUAUAUUCAUCAGAAUCGGAAGGUUCAGAUGUGGAGACCCGACGUGCGCGGAGACUGGACCGCGCUAAGGCACUCAAGGACUCUGAUUCUGAGGGCAGUGAGGGUAACGCUGCAACACCUGCGCACACGCAUAGUGCAAGUAACUCGCCCAGUGGCAGCGAGUGAUAUACAAGUAAUUCAUUUAUAAAUGUAAUAAAACUUUUUUUAUCAUUCGUGUCGUCAUCUUGUUACCUAUUGAAUGGAAUGGAUGGAUAUGUAUGGAUAUAAGACUAACGACAUUAUAAUACUGAGUUUACUUUGAUAUAAUACCUCUAAAUAUUGAAAAACAUUCAUAAUUUCAGUUAUUCUUCUUCUUCGUAUUCUUCAUUACUGAAGGUCGUGCUUGUCCUGAUACGCUUCAACGGCCAUGUCGACCAGCUGCCUCCACGCCGUCCUGUCUUCGGCUUGUCUCAGGGCAGUCGUGAUAUUAAGUCCCAAUAUAUCCUGCACUUGAUCGGACCCGCGAGUAUGUGAUCGACCCCGUGACCUUUUACCCUCUAUAUUUCCGACCAUAACCAAUUUGUCUAGGUUGUCGGGGUUUCUCCGGGCAAUAUGUCCAAAGUAUCCAAGGACUCGUCGGUAGCAUGUAGUGGCUAGACUGGUGGAUAUUUUUAGUUGGUCUAGAAUGGACUUAUUUGUUCGUUUCGCAGUCCACGGAAUACGCAACAUUUGCCUCAAUUUUAGUUAUAGUAUGACCAAAUUCUCUGGCCCGGUAAAUUUUUCGCAUUAAAAAUUACAAGAUGGAUACAGUCCAAUAAGGGGUUUUUUGACUUUUUUUAUCAUUGACAAACAGACAAGUUACUUAAUUCUAUAUAACUCCAAUAAAUCUGUCUGACUAUGGUUACUAUCAAUAAUGACGUCAUCAUGUUACUAUAACUGGGGAAGUAUAGGAUUGAAUUUUAUUUCAGUCAAUAUUAAAAACCUUUAAAUAAUGAAGAUUGAAUGAUAAAUGAAACUAAAUUGAUA